UGUGAGCGAAGUAAUCGUUAUCGGUUAUCGGCAUAUUACAUGCGGGUGUUUGUAUGUGCUUCCAUCCCUGAGUGUCCGACUCUAGUGCAAUGAUAAUGGCGAAGGACGAAUGGUCCGCGGAAGAGGAAUUGCAGCUCUUUCAUGCAAUGGAAGGCUUACGACCUGUAGGCAUAAAUAAACAUUUCUACAUGUCCUGCAUAGCGGAACGUCUCUCAAAAUCGUUAAACCGCGAAAUGCCCAGUGAUCUAAUCUGGAGGCACUUGAGCACAAUGUACAAGCUAAAAGAGCUGGAUGAUCUUGAGGGGCUGCCAUUUCCCAAUGAGGAGCGAGAGUUUUGUUUGCCAGAACAGGACUACGCCACGUUCGUAAACAAAAAGACUGUUGGAGCCAACGCUAGCGAAGAAACAACAGAUACACAUUCUUCCCUUGUACCAGUAGUCGCCGCUCAAGCAACCGAUAGCAACAAUAAAGGCACAAAGUUGGCAGUAGUGCAGGCGAGAGAUAACGAAAAGAAGAUGACAAAAGUUUUGGAUAUGCCAAAGAGACCAGCUAAACGAACUCGUGGUUCAAUGUCAAAUGAAUCGAUUAGCCCCUCCACCACACCACCCCCCUUGCAGAGCAGCAAACGCCGUCGUAUUUAAAAUGCAUUGUUGGAAACACAUCAAUGCUUUAAGAUCAAAUAGUUAUUUUUAUUAGUUUUAGUUAAAUUGUGACCAAAACUUUGAUUUAAAAAUUAAGUGUAUAUAUAAAUGUUUCAAUCUUCGAAGUCGCUGCCCCCUGA